AGAAAAAAUGGGUCAUCAAUGCCUGCUCAGUGCCUCGCUACAAAGAACGGAGGGUCACUGGGUUAAAAAUCUUUGUGUGUGGUGAACAUUUGUAAUAUUUGUGCAUCUUAUUUUGAGUGGAUUUAUGAACUGGUCUUUCAAAUGACAGAAUACAAGCUUGUGGUUGUUGGAGCUGGUGGCGUAGGCAAAAGUGCAUUAACCAUCCAACUUAUACAGAAUCAUUUUGUAGAAGAAUAUGAUCCUACAAUAGAGGAUUCGUACAGAAAACAAGUGGUAAUUGACGGAGAAACAUGUCUGCUAGAUAUCCUAGAUACUGCAGGUCAAGAGGAAUACAGUGCUAUGAGGGAUCAAUAUAUGAGAACGGGAGAAGGAUUUCUUUGUGUGUUUGCUGUAAAUAAUACAAAAUCGUUUGAAGAUAUUAAUCAGUAUAGAGAACAGAUCAAAAGAGUUAAAGAUGCAGAUGAAGUGCCAAUGGUCUUGGUAGGAAAUAAAGUAGAUUUACCAACACGGACAGUAGAUGCAAAGCAAGCAAGGCCAGUAGCCGAUAGUUAUAAUAUACCAUAUGUAGAGACCUCAGCCAAAACAAGACAGGGUGUCGAUGAUGCUUUUUAUACUCUAGUGAGAGAAAUUAGAAAAUAUAAAGAAAGAAAAGGGCCAAAGAAAGGAAAAAAGAAGCCAAGGUGCUUAUUAAUAUGAAGACAAGAACAUUUUAAAUUUUUUCUGUCAUUUAUGUAACAUUUUUUUGUAAUAUUAUGUUUAAACAGCUGUAAUCUGUUCCUCAAUGUUGAUUUGAGGGAUUUUGAUUUCUUUAAGAAAAAAAUAUGUAUUUCGGGGGCAUUUGUAAGUAAAAAAAUAAAAAUUAUGUCUGCAGGCACUGUGCUCGGUUUUCACUCUUACUAUUAUUUCAUAGCAUAAUAUCAUUUGCACAUACAUGUAUAUAUGUUUAUACAUUUGGGGUUUUUUUUGUAUGGAAAUAUAGGUACCUCUGUGGCUGAGUGACCUUAAGAUCUCUUUAGCAACCACUAGCCUUUCUACACAGAGGUUGUCAGUACGAACUCUGCAUGUGGCAGGUGCUAUCAACUCUAAUCUUUAUUGAAUUGGAUGAUCAGAUUUCAUGCUAAAUAUUCAUGGUUUUCUCUGGGCACUCCAAAUCUUUCUGCCAAUUAUAACUAGCUGCCACAAUGCAGCCAAAAGUGUUAAAAGUAGAUCAGGAAACAAGGGGGAAUAAUGUCCUCGUAUAAAAAUGUUACUUUUACAUGAAUAGAAUCAGUAAAUUCUUGUAAAGCAAAGUUUUAUUCCCUGAAUUAUAAUUGUGGGUAUGGUUAGUUACUAGAUGUAUUACUCCUUUGUGAAUUUUAUAACAGAGCACCUUUUUGCACUAGUCCUUACUGUGUAACUAGUCAUGUGUCUGUAGUGACGUCCUGUGUCCCUUUGUAAAUCGUCAUUUCAUCUUUUGAGUUUUAAAGAAUUGUACGGAAAAUCACAACAUAAAAGGAAGAUUUUGUAAACUUCAAAAUAGGUGAUUGUAGGAAAAUAAUUUGGUCAAAGUAAACAUUUUUUUUGUUAUAACUAUAAUGUGAUAGGACCUAAUCUGUAGAAGCAUAUGUAUGGACUACAUUUUAAAUUUUUAUUGCUAUUUAGUAUAUGCAAUAGAAAAUUUAGAUGCAUUGCUUCUUUGAUGAAUGAACUACACAAGUUAAAAUCAUAACUUGUGUAAAUAAUAUUUGACGUCUAUGUUCAUGUAUAUUUUGAGCUAAGGUAAACAAAAUUCCAGUUAUAAGUACAAAUCAUUAUCAUUGACUUUUUAUAAGGCAAAAAACUAAAGUGAGCAAUGGCAAAUAUUUUCAUGCAUUUUGUUUUUUGUUGGUACAAUUUUGGUUUCUAAUAUGCAAAUAAUUUCAAAAUGAUUCAAUAAAAUGAAGUUUGGUAUGUUAAUUUUUGACUCCUGAUCCUUUAAAAUAUCAGACAAAUUAAUGGCUUUUCUUAAAAUUUUAUAUUUAUAACUUAUAUUUACAUCAGGUAGCUUUUAAAUUAGAAACAUAUUAAUCUAGACUCAUUAUUACACACAGAUUUUUUUAUCUAUCUGCUUUAAUAGCAUUUCUUAUUUAAAGUAGUAUAUAUUUUGAUAUGAAUUAUUCUUUAUGUGUUAAGUAGUUGUUUCAAUAUAUUGUUAUAUAGAGUAGAAUUUUGAUACAGUUAUUAUUUUACAAUAGUAAAUUUGAAUGAGCCUGAGGUUAUAAGAUGUUGGCUUGGGUUUUUUUGCACUGUAAACUUUUGCAGUUUGAAAGGUCAAGGAUAUUUGAAAAUUUUACUGACUUAUUUUGGCAAUAUUGAAAGUGAAUGGUAAAUUAAUAAUAAUUACUUGUAAAGAUUUAAUUGUUUUAGUAAUAUUUCUCCACUUUCUCUUUCUGGUUCGGGUUCUUAUAUUGUAUGUGAAUAUGAACAAGAUAAUGAGUUCUAUAAUUACUGGGAAGGUAGCCCAAUUAGCACCUGUUGAUUGUUAGAAUAUAAUUUUCUUUCUAAUGAUAACGUAAUAACAAAACGUCAACCUUUUGAUUAUGUGCAACCUUAAACAUGUUAGCUGUUUUUUUUAGUUCAGAGUAGUUCAUUGGACUCAUAAAUGACCAAUUAUCAUUAAGCUUACAUUACCUGCUAUGCAGCUGUUGUUAGCUUAUUAUAAUAUAGAAAGAGUUUAUUACAGCUCAGUGGGCCUCAUGUUUUUUGUAGAAUUUGGUUUAUAUUUAUAUUCAAUUUGUAUUUUUUUAAGACUGACCUUGACCUUCUUAAUUAAAUUUUCCAACCUUUUUUUUUAACAUUUUUCUCAUGUAUUUUAUAUUUUGUAUAUAUUUGAUCAAAGUUCAAAAUUUCUUUGAAAUUUAAAAGAAUAGAUACAGAUGGAAUUAUAUUAAUAUUUAGUACAUAACAAAAUUCACAAGAAAAAGAUUAACAAAAGAGAGGUACGCUGUAAUCAAAUAGCCUAUGUACCAAAAUUUUCAUUUUUAGAUUGAGAGGUUGAUUUUUGAUUUUUCAACUAUAAUACCUUGUGUUAAUGAACUUUGAAAUUAGAUGAUGGGUGAAAUCUGUUAAAAUACCAGUAUUCUGUAUAUAUUUGUUGAAAAAAGGUCAAUUGAAAAAGAAAAUCAGAGGAAAUGUACAUCGUGAGUUUUAUGUUGAUCAUGAAUUUUAUGUUAACUUGUUGGAUAUGGUUUGUGGUUACAUUUUAGUGUUAUGUUUGCACAUAUUUACAUUGGAAUAUUUGUGGAUGCACUGAUAUUUAAAUGUAAAAGUAUUUGUUAUUAUACUUGUACUUUUUUUAAUUCGUCUAUUUAUCAGAUGAAAUCAUAUGUAUUGAUUUAUUUAGCUUUUGUAUAGUGAAAUGGUCAUAGGUUUAUUAAUAAUCUAAUAUCACUUUUGAUAGUAACAACCCAUAAAUAGGGGAAGAAAAGUCUGUAGGUUAAGGUCACAUCAAAUUAAUUUACCAUCAUUAUGACUAACUGUAUUCACUCCAAUGGUCAAGUCCCAAUCGGUAUCAAUUUUAUUUUUGUUAUGGUUUAAAACCAUUUAUAUGCAUCUACUUUCACAUUUUGUGAAUGUCUUAAUGUUUAUUCAUUGGUUGGUUCUCUUUCAUCCCUUAAAUAACUAUUAUACUUUAAUAUUAAAGACUAAACAGAUCUCUGUCAAUUUAUGUCAUUUGUUUCUAAGUGAUAAUUAUUGUGAUCUGUCUUAUGAAAUUUGUGAUUACUGGCUAAAUUGUAAGUAGUUUCUGGUUACAGGCUAACUUUUAUGAACUUCGUGAUUACUGGCUAAAUUGUAAGUAGUUUCUGUUUACAGGCUAACUUUUAUGAACUUUGUGAUUUCUGCCUAAAUUGUAAGUAGUUUCCGGUUACAGGCAAACUUUUAUGAACCUUGUGAUUUCUGGCUUAAUUGCAAGAGAGAAAAAAAUAGCAUUGUUUUAUGUAGCUUCCAGUUAUUUAAUUGAGAAUUAUUCACAAGAAAACUAAAAGAAGAGGAUUUCAGGUUGAAUAUUUUGUUCUUAUUCCAUUCAAAGGAAAAUAUUUACACUUCCCCAAUUUUUCUGGUGAUAGGUGACUGAAAAUCUACAAAUUAUUUUAAUAUGGCCUUAAUGGAUUUUGCUUUUAAUUAAGAAUACUCGAAAGAAGUAUAGAUGAAAGAAAGAAAAAACUAAAAUAUUAAAACUGUUCAUUUUAUCCCGAUACUGUAACAAGCAUUUAUUCUGACAAUUUUACUUCAAUUUUUUCCCAUAGAAUUGAAGAAAAGAAAUAGAAAGAUAAAUUAGAUCCAAACAUUUAUAUACUUGUCUAUUAUCUCUAUGUUGUCUUACUUAUAAACUUUAUUAUUCAUUUAUAUCAACUCAGAAUACCUUUAAAAGAUGAUGACAUCAGUAAAAAGAAGUGAUUUGAGUGUUUUUGAUAUAUUGUAUAUUUAUGAUCUGAUUUGAGGAUGUUGUAUUACAGCUCAAAUAAACAUUCCUCAUCAUAA